AUGUCUCAAUAAUUUGUGGGAAUAAAUGGAGAAUAGACUGGUCUUGGAUUUACCAACCGAGAUUAAGGAGCCAAGGUUGAAGAAGAUCAAGGUUUGAUUGACUUCAAAAUUAUAACAAAUAAUGGUAAUCACGAGAGAAUGAAGAUGUUAAUUGACUUGAAAAAUAUAUUCGCUCGCCAACUUCCUAAAAUGCCGAAGGAAUAUAUUGUUAGACUUGUAUUUGAUAGAAAUCAUGAAUCAAUGUGCAUUGUUAAAGAUGAUACAAAAGUGAUAGGAGGAAUCUGUUACAGAAAGUAUCCCACUUAAAGAUUUGCUGAAAUAGCAUUUCUGGCAAUUACAGCCAACUUGUAAGUCAAAGGAUAUGGAACAAGAUUGAUGAACAAAUUCAAAGAACAUAUACAAAAAUAGGAUGUCGAAUAUUUGCUGACUUAUGCAGACAAUUAUGCAAUUGGAUAUUUCAGAAAACAGGGAUUCUAUUAGGAAAUAAAGAUGCAUCCAGACAGAUGGAAAGGAUUCAUCAAGGAUUAUGAUGGAGGAACGUUGAUGGAAUGUUAUGUGCAUCCUAGUAUUGAUUAUGGAAACAUUAGUGAUCUGAUUAGAGAAUAAAAGUAGCUCAUGAUAGACAUGAUCAAGAAAUUAACAUUGAAUGAUCGAGUAUAUCCUGGCAUUGAGAAGCAGAACUACAAAAUGGAAACUUCCAAUGGAGAUAGACCUGCAGUCAAACCAGAAAGUGUUUAAGGCAUUAUGGAGAGUGGUUGGACAAUUGAGGAUUACAAUGAAUUGAAAAAGUAAAAGGAAAAGACUUUUAUGAUCUCAUGCUAGUAGAUCAUAGACACCAUGAGAAAACAUAAAUCUGCCUGGCCUUUCCUUGAACCUGUCAAUAAGGAUGAUGUCCCUGAUUAUUAUGAUGUGAUUACUGAUCCAAUUGAUAUUAAGACUAUUGAAAAGAAAUUACAGAACAAUUAGUAUACUUCCAAAGACCUCUUUAUCAAGGAUGUAAAGAGGAUCUUCAUCAAUUGCAGAAAUUACAAUCAACCUGAUACGAUAUACUAUAAAUGUGCGAAUGAAUUGGAGAGAACCAUUGAUGAUUACCUCAAAAAGUUGAAAGAUGAAUCCCAAAUACCAGGUGUCAGCAAGAAGAUAAAGAAGACAAAUAAUAAAUGA